GCGAAUGACUUACCACUCCUACGCAUCCGAUCGUCGCGCGCGAACGUACAUCACUUUCACGUUUAAAAAAAAAUAAAAAAGGGGGAAACUCACACUAGAAAUCGGCGAAUUUUUCUCGAUUAAUCGCCCAGUUAUAUUAUCAACGUCACGCCGUGAUAUCGGUGUUUACAAAUAAAAUUAUAACAAAAAUCGAAGCGAAUUGUUUGCCGUGCAUGUGUGAAAACUUUACAUUUUUUUUUCGUUUCGUUUUCUCUGAGUUUCCUAUCGAUUUCUUCUCUUUAAUUUCCUUUUUAAAAGUGACGUUAUUUAACUUAAAAUUUAGUGCAUAAAAGUUUACUGAUUAUUUUAAACAUAAUUCAGUUUUUUGAUUUAAUUAUAAAAUAUUUUAGUGAAAUAGUGACGGUGCAAUAUUUUUCGUGUUAUUUGUACGAUAAUACACAGCCAAUCGUUGUGUAUUUAAAUAAGCUUUUAACAACUCAUAUUUUAUUAACAGUGCAGUAAAAGUUACGUAACUUAUUUAACACUUAACAACAUUAUCGGAUUUCUUUAGCUUUCUUCGUUAGUAACUUUGUAGUGUACUAGAGUCAGUUUAGUGUAUUUUCAGGCGUACAUUUGUGCGUUUUUUUUAAUAUUUUGGUGUAAUAUGGGUAGUGUUGGAUUCGCUAUGCCUUUGUUGAGCACGCUAGCUGCUUUGGUGAUCAUCGUGCACUCUGCUGAGGAGGAAUAUGAGCGGGAGUACCAUAUGAUGCGACCGAGGGCUUUGGAUACGGAAACAAACUAUGAGCAGCCAUGGAGGUUAGCAGAAAUGAGGCCUACAAUUACGCAAUCUCCACAAUCGAGUGGUUCAUGGGAUGAAACUGACCCUGAAAUGACAAUGCGGCGCAGAAGAGUUCGCAAGAGAAAGCGACGACCACAACCAUCCGAAGAGGAUGAUUUCGUACCACAAGAAAGAAUUUACUCGCAUAAUGAAGAGCCCCAAGUUCAUCCUCAAGAAAAUAUAGAAAGACCAAGGCGGCGACGAAAGAAAAUGGACUUUCAGAAUACAAACGACAAAGAAACUCAAACUGAUUUGAAUGAAGAAGCUAACAGACCCAAAAAGAGAAGAGGUCGUAAACGAAAAAGGCCAUUAGCAAACUCUUGGCCGGAACUAAGCGAAUUUGGUAUAUAUCAAGAAGCAUAUGACGGUACUGAGCAACCCACAUUGCAUAAAGAAAAGCAAACCGAUAGUGUCCAUGACGAAAAGUAUGAUAACCAAAAAGAUAUUAACGAAAAAGCUUAUUUUAAAGUACAAAUUCAUAAUGAAAAUGAACCUGAAAUCGAAAAAACGAUACAACCCCCGGUGGUUGCAAAUAUUGACGAUAGAUCAUUGUCUGAAUUCUCUUUAGAAUCAAUGACUCCAAAUAAAACUACAAUUGAAGAGAAUAAAAUUAUAGAUAAAGGAAUAAUAUUAAGUAAUAAUAUGAAACUGCCUAAGGAAACAGCAUCAUUAGAUCCUUUAACAUUAAAAGCAUUACUAAAAAAAUCAAAUGGAAAAAGUUUAAGUGAAAUUCUUCAACAGAAUAACUUAUCCCUAUCUGACCUUCUUCGUGGCAGGGAGAAAGCAUUAUCCAUCCUAAAAAAAGAAAGUGUAAUACCACAAGAUAUAGGACAAUCAAGACAUUCAAAUAAAGUCUAUUAUAGUCAAAUCAAUUCUAUACAAAACACUGAAAUAAUAAAUAAUAAAAAGGAAAUAAAUGAAUCUGAAAUGGAAGAAAACAGGGGCGCUGAAACUGAAACUACUACACUUAUAACUACAACAGAUCAAAUAACAGAAGAUUAUAAAGAUAAUAGUUAUAACAACAAUUUUUUUAAAUACAAUCAAGAAGAAAAUUAUGCUGAUGAAAAUCAUAGAAGUAAUAAUUUACGUAGGCGAUUCCCUGGCGGCAUUCGAAGAAAACUACGAACGAGGCCAAACGUUAACGAUGCUUUUAAAAGUCAACUAAGCAGGGAUUUAAUAGCAUUAACAUCGAUGAAAUACAGAAACAAUAGGAAUUUAUCCAAGUCCAGAGAAUGGAAGGACAUCAUACCUUCAAUGAUGAAAGUAGAAUCUUCUAGUGCAGAUAACGUACAAACAGAAACUGAAACUGAAAUAACCACUACUCCAUGUUCAUAUACAGAAACAACUACUCAAGAGGAAUAUGAAUCUACCACUGAUGCUUUUUACACAUCCAUAGAUACAGAGCCAAGCACUGAUGUAGAAGAUCAACCAGAAGAUACCACUGAGACUAAAACCACAUAUAUAGAAUUAGAAGGACUUGAUAUAGCUCAGUUUACAACUACACCAUUAGAUGUAAAUACGGAGCAAGAAAAGGAAACCACAACAUUUACACCAAGGCCUUUGUCAAUUGUGAAAUCUAUAAAUGCAACUGAUUGGAGGCGUCAAACUUUAAAUAAUAGAUUAAAAAGGAAACGAGGUAAACAUAGGACAUCCACUACAGAAAUACCUAAUAUACCAGAAUCAAAAGAUAACUUCAGUAAUGGGAAAUACCUAUCUGCGUCGGAAUUUAAUACAAAGACACAAAUGAGAACAACAAAUACGGCAGAAGAGGAAGAUUUUACGACCUUGGAGGAUUUUUUGACUACGGAAGCUUCUCAACAUGUUCCAAGCCGGUAUCAAUAUAAAAAGCUAACAAAUGCUAAAAAUGUUCCAGAUUUUACAAUAAAUAAAGCAUUUGUAACAGAAAGAACGGCAAAAAUAGAAAUUGACGAAAUUCUUAAUGACAAUCACUCAAGUGCAAAACUUUCAAGAAUACUUAAAGAAAGGAAUAUGACAUUGAAAGAAUUAUUGGAACACAGAGAACGUGGUUCAAGUCAUGUUCACUUGGCUGAUAUAUUUCAUAAUGCUUCAAGAGAACCAAAUCCAGAACCAGAACCAUUUCUCUCCAAGUCACUUAUAGAACCGAUAUCAAGGGAAACUUAUCCCCUUAGAGCUUUAUUAGACGCAAACAUACAUGAUCCCAGAACUACAACUGUCGAUCCCAGUGUUCUUCAAAUAAAUAAAGAAACUAUACCAGUGGUAAUGGAUUUUGGCAAUAAUGUAAAUGAAAACAGUGAAAACAAGGGAAUUAUGUCAUUCAUUAAAAGCAACACAGCUGGCUUUAAUUCAAACAAUAAAAGCGCAGUAGUAAAUUAUGACAAAAAAGACGUUAAACUGAAUUUUAAUACCCCAGAAAUUGGAACUGCAAGGGGAUCUCGUUUUCUGAAGUCCGAAACAGAUUCUGUUACAUGGAACGAUGUAAUAAACAUAAUUAAAAAAAAUGACCAAGAAGAAAACACUGAAAAAGACAAUUCAUUGGAAAAUGAUUUACCAAUUUUGGAUACACUAAAGAAAAUCGACCUUGAAGAGGAUAUAGACGGCGAUGGUGUGAUCGUACUGGGCGAUUUGCAGCAGUUAAGAAAUAUGGCGAGAAAAACAUCUCUAGAAUCAAAUUUAAAUGAGAGAAAUAAUAAGCAAACUGCAAACGAAUCAAUUACAGUGUUGAGUGAUACCAAGUCAGUAACAGUGGCUACUGCAAGCAUUAUCGGUCUAGCUCUUAUACUUUUCCUACUAACAUAUGCUAUAUUAAAAUGGAAACAACAAAAUAAAAUAUUCCAUACAAAACGGGCAAAAGAAGAUGAGUUUGUACCAAGUCCUGUAUUCGAAAGUAGGAAGGGACAUAAAAUUAAUAGCAGCAUACGUAGUAAAAGUCCAAUGCUUGCAACUUCAAACAUAUAUUCAAUUGAUACCAUUGAUACUCGUGCUGGUUCUGAGUCGCCUGAAUAUAUGUGGGAUACAUUGAGAAAACCCUUUCAAUAAACAUUUGCAUUAUUUAUAAACAUGGAUAAGGAUUUAAACCUUCAAAGUAAAAUGAACUUUAAACAAUAGUGAUUAGGUCCACUUUACUAUGAAGAAAAUUGAGGUUUAAACCUUAAUCUAUGUUUAUAAAUAUUAGGGCAAUGCAUUUCCUUGUAUUAUAAGACUAGACUGAAAUUGAAUGUUACUUUAUUUAUUUCAUUAUUCUUAGUUUAAUAUUUUGAUUUUGAUUUUAGAACUAGUGACCUGAUAUUACAAUAAGUAUUUGUUUAAUA